UCCCGGCCCAUGUGUGCUCUCGGUGAUGCCCUUCUUCCUGACGUUACCCCUCUUCCACGCCCAUAUCUGGAAUCCCUUAUGACUUUGUGAUGUUGCUGCUGCUGUAUAAUCAUCAUCAUCAUCAUCGUCAUCACCUCACUAUCAUCUUCACUGCAGUCAAUCACUAAACGCUGCCACAAAGUCACAAAUUAACACCAUCGUCGUCAAAAUCUGCCCGAAUGCUUUUCUCAGUGACCCCGUCGUUACCCUCUCCACCUGACUACAUGCCGAAAGCUCCUCCAAAGCAGGUGGCUGACCAUCGCUUCACGCCACUGUCUCGAGGAAGCAUGCAGCCGCAGCCUGGCCGGCGACCUUCGGCCGGAGCCUGGAAUCCUCAGGAAGAUGAAGUCCUGGUCUCGGCUAGGGCACAAGGAAUGAACUGGGCGCCAAUCCAACAAACACAUUUUCCAACCAAAACUCCAAAUGCCUGCAGAAAACGACACGAGAGGUUGAUGGAGAGAAGAAACGCCGAGGACUGGGAUACAGUGAAGCUGGAAACAUUGUGCAAGGAAUACAUGAAUGUUCGUAAAGAGAUGUGGAGUAUUCUAUCUGCUAGACUAGGAGAGAAAUGGCAGACAGUCGAGGCAAAGUGUAUGGAAAAGGGCCUUAAAAACCUCCAAUCCGGUGUCCGAAGCGCCAUGCGCCGAGAAAGAUUGAUGACAGGCAUUGCAGAUGCCGGUAUGGCUGAUGUGAGCUCGGAAAUUGAUAUUGAGGCGGACGACGACGAGUCUAGUAGACCACCGAGGCUGCCGGAGAGAUGCGAACCGGACACAAGCGCACGGCGAACCAUGCCCGGCCAAAGCAUAGCAUCACUUCUUCAAACCUCAUAAGCGAGUUCAGUACGAUUAACGACGUCACGCUGAAGUCUUCAGGAAACUCCAAUCUUGUACUAUAUCCGAACGAGGGAUGACCGGUUUGCUGCGCGCUGAGAUUUCUCUUCUUCCUUUUUUUUUUGAUUUUCAUGCACUAUUCAUGCACAGUCGGAACUGGAUUUCCGUCGAGCCUCUAGGCACCUCUUUGUUUCCAUCCUGAGAUGCCAAGAAUUCCGCCGUCGUCGGCCGCGGGAUCCAUUGACCAUUUUCUUAAAGGCCUGCAACUUAAGUCGCUUUCCCACCCGUUUUCAAACAUUUCCAUUCCGGUCCAAGCAAUCAUAGCAGCAUUGUCUGUACACAGUGAUGGCGGCGGGAAUGAUAAACCUAUAUGAGAAUAGUCUCGAAUAUCCAAGAAAGCCCGUAG